AUGAUACCACCAGGAUUGCCGUCCGCUCCCGAAGAACGUCCACUGGUGGAUAGCUACAUACAGGACGACAAAACUGUGGGUAAGACGACGUUGCAGCUCAUUGAAGUGACCGCAAUGAUCAUCGCCAGUAAAUACAAAGACAUUGACGUGCCCCACAUUCACGAUUUUGAUUAUGUUUGUGAUAAGGCAUUCGCCAAAAAGGAAGUCAUCAAGAUGGACCUGAAAAUCUUGAAAGCUCUGGAUUUUAAGCUGGGAAAAGCUGGGUCUACACAGUUUUUGAGACGCCACGACAAAAUUGCCAGAGUUACUGGUAAACAUCAUAACCUAGGAAAGUAUUUGUUGGAGAUGGCUUUGUUGGAGUAUAAGUUUGCGCACGAGGCUCCUUCGAUGGUGGCCGCAGCCGUCUGUGUCCUUUCGAUUGCAAUCAUCGACAAUAUUAAGAAGUUGAGGCCGAUUUGGACGCCCGCUCUUCAAACGUGCAGCUCCUAUCGUUACGUAGAUAUUAAACGGAUCAUUAACAACACAAUAACGUUGAUAAGAUUUGCCUCUAAUUCGAAAUACAGAGCUGUUAAACAGAAAUAUGCCUUGUCAAAGAACGAGGGAAUCAUGAAACUUGUGUAUUAUUCCAAAUAUUAG